AUGACGGGCUUCGGUUUCGGAAGCGCAAACGGCAACGGCUCGGGCACCGAGUUCCUGGCGAUGCUCCCUCCGCCAAAGGAGGACCUUGACGGCUACGACAAUACGCUGCCGCACAACAAGCAGUCGCCCACAGUCCCCCAGGCCUUCCGCGACGCCAUGUCCGUCCGGGAGGACGUCUACGGCGAACAGGGCGUCCCUCUCGAAGCCGAGUUCGACGAAGACGACGCACGAAGCUGGCAUUGGGUCGUCUACGCCUCCGUCGCCUCGACCGCAAGCUCGCCGCCAAAGGACCUCCGUACCGAUUCGCCCACGACGCACGCCGAAGACGUCCGCCGAUCGUCCGCUAGCGCCUCCCGCCUUCCGGUCGGCACCAUCCGCUUGGUGCCUCCGCCACACGGGCCGAACAAAUACAUCGAGACCGCCUAUCCCAAGAAAGGAGACAGGCACGCGGACGCGGACCCGCCGCCCGAGGUUGAGGCAAACGUCGCAAGGAAGCAUCCCACAGAGCCGUAUGUGAAGCUGGGCCGUCUCGCUGUGCUGGCGCCCUACCGGAAGCUCGGCCUCGCAAAGCUUCUCAUCAACACCGCCUUGGACUACGCCUCGAAGCAUCCGGAGGCUAUCUAUCACCCACCUUCUCCAACGACCAUGGAACUGGCGAAUCUGCUCGGUAAUGCCGCUCAGGAGGCCGUUACAUGGAAAGGACUCGUCAUGAUACACGCGCAGGCCGGCAUCGCCAAGGUGUGGGAGAAGUACGGUUUCGCGGAAGAGCUCGUCGACGACAAGGGCGAGGUCGAGAUCUCAAGAGAGCCGCAUUGGGUCGAGGAGGGCAUAGAGCACAUAGGCAUGUGGAAGAGGCUGAGGAUCGAGAGCGGCAGGUUGUAA